CCUGCCGGUAACGGCAGGGCCCGGCCGCACGCCCCGCCUCAGCACAGCGCCGUUGCUUUCCGCGCCCGCAGAUUCGCCACGGUCCUUCCGGGCCUCCGCUUAAACCCUAGCGGGACGCCGCGAAGGCCGGGGCCUGGCGGGGACUUAGGAGCGAGCAACGCAGCCCCACUGACCCCUUCCAAAGCGGCCGCCCGCGGGCUGAAGGAGGGCGGUGGCUCCGUGUCGAAAGUGCAGAGCCGAGCGCGCAGGCGCUGCCCUCGCCUGGUGGGGAACAAAGGGAGCGCGGCCGGCAGCGAUCGGAAUUACAAAUAUAAUGUCAGGUGGCUGAAAAUUUGUCUAUCAAAAUGUCAAAAAGGCCAUCUUAUGCUCCACCUCCUACCCCUGCUCCCGCAACCCAAAUGCCCAGCACACCAGGGUUUGUGGGAUACAAUCCAUACAGCCAUCUGGCCUACAACAACUACAGGCUGGGAGGGAACCCGGGCACCAACAGCCGGGUCACGGUAGGAGAAUCAACUAUUACAUCAUCCGGCAAACAACAGGAAUUGACCAGAAAUGGCUUUAGAGCUUCCUCUGGUAUUACCAUUCCAAAGCCCCCCAAACCCCCAGACAAGCCCCUGAUGCCCUACAUGAGGUACAGCCGGAAGGUCUGGGACCAAGUGAAGGCGUCCAAUCCUGAUUUGAAGUUAUGGGAAAUUGGCAAGAUUAUUGGAGGAAUGUGGCGAGAUCUCACUGAUGAAGAGAAGCAAGAGUAUUUGAAUGAAUAUGAAGCUGAAAAGAUAGAGUACAAUGAGUCCAUGAAGGCCUACCAUAACUCUCCUGCAUACCUUGCCUACAUCAAUGCAAAAAGUCGUGCUGAGGCUGCGUUAGAAGAAGAAAGCCGACAAAGGCAGUCACGCAUGGAGAAAGGUGAACCUUACAUGAGUAUACAGCCAGCAGAAGAUCCAGAUGAUUACGACGACGGAUUUUCUAUGAAGCACACAGCUACAGCUCGUUUCCAAAGAAACCAUCGUCUCAUCAGUGAAAUAUUGAGUGAAAGUGUGGUUCCUGACGUCCGCUCUGUUGUCACUACAGCUAGAAUGCAAGUUCUUAAACGCCAGGUUCAAUCCUUAAUGGUUCACCAGCGUAAACUGGAAGCUGAGCUUCUGCAAAUUGAAGAGCGCCACCAGGAGAAGAAGAGGAAAUUCUUGGAAAGCACAGAAUCCUUCAAUAACGAGCUCAAAAGGUUAUGCAGUUUGAAGGUAGAAGUGGAUAUGGAAAAAAUUGCAGCUGAAAUUGCUCAAGCUGAGGAACAGGCUCGCAAGAGGCAGGAGGAAAGGGAAAAAGAAGCAGCUGAGCAAGCUGAACGCAGUCAAAACAACAUAGCAGCUGAGGAAGAACAGGCAGCUAACAAGAUGGAGGAGAAGAAAGAAGAGGAGAGUGCUCCAAUGGAGACAGAAGAGCCUCACCCAGAAGAGAGCACAGAAAACCAGCAGAAUGGUGAAGAAGGAACAUCUACCCCAGAUGAUAAGGAGAGCGGCCAAGAAGGGGUUGAUAGCACUGCAGAGGAAGGAACCAGUGAUAGCAACACUGGUUCAGAGAGCAAUAGUGCGACAGUUGAAGAGCCUCCUGCAGACCCAAUCACUGAGGAUAGUGAGAAGAAAGAAUAAAUAUUGACUUGUUUCAUG